AUGGAGCUAUUGGACUACUGCCUACGCACGUACUUCACUUUUAAUGGUCAAAUUUACGAGCAAAUCCAGGGAACCCCAAUGGGGUCUCCGAUUUCCGGCUAUCUGGCUGAGGAGGUCAUGCAGGAACUGGAAGCUCGAGUCUUUCAGUCCUACAAACCGAAGUUCUGGACGAACUACGUGGACGACACCUUUGUCAUCUUACACCGGGACGCGAAAAACAACUUUAAAAGACAACUGAACUCGGUCUUCCCACAAAUUCAAUUUACCAUGGAGGAAGAAAAAGACGGAGUGCUUCCUUUCCUCGACGUUCAGGUAACGAGGCAAGAAGACGGAACGCACCAGACUGGUGUCUUUCGAAAAGCGACAAACACGGAGGUAACUCUCCACUACAACAGUAACCAUCCUCUGUCGCAUAAACGCAGCUGCGUCCGGACGCUUUUCCGACGCAUCAACACACACUGCAGCCCAGAAGCCGAGAAGCUGCGGGAACGUGAAACCCUAUGGCACCUCUUCCUGGCCAAUGGAUAUCCGCGCAGUUUCGUAAACAAAUGCUUAUACCAAAGACAUACGAGGGCCGAUCGUGAGAACACACAAAGGCCUGCAACCUUCCGCGGUGUGCCUUACGUGAGAAACGUCUCCGAAGCCACUGAGCGCAUGCUAAGGCCACUAAGCGUGGGCGUUGGACACCGACCGGAGGCCACCAUCCGCCGCAUACUCAUGCAACCCCAGGGCCGGCUACCACCUGCAGACACGUCAGGCGUCAUUUACCGCGUCAAAUGUCUAGACUGUCUGGCCAACUACUGCGGCAUGACGGACAAACGUCUGCGCACGCGCGUGCAUGAGCACGCCUUAGCCGUAAAGCGAAAGGGUGCACGCUCGCACGUCGCCAUGCACUGUCUAGAAAAUAAUCACGUGUUCGACUUUGACGGUGCCCAAGUGCUCGGCCGAGCCGAAAGCAAGCUGGCGAGAGAAGUAAUCGAAGCCUGGCAAUCAGGCGCCAACUCGAUUAACUGCAGUAUUGACCUACCAGCGCCAUACGAGGCCAUCAGGCACCACUUGCGCGCGAGAGGAGGGCCAAUAAGAGAGCGGGAUCGGCCUAUCAGGCCCGAGCACGAAUGGCCUAUUUAA